AUGAGCAAACAUCUCUAAAAAUUCUCUUCAUUCUAAAAUUUUUAGAAGGAACAAUAAUCCUCAAAUAGGUAAUAUAGAUUAGUAUAAAAGAUGUAAUAAGAUUGCUCUAUGUGUAUCGCAACUCAGUUUAUGAUUUGACAGAAUUUGCUGAUAGACAUCCUGGAGGUAGAGCAGCCCUGAAUAUUUACAAAGGGAGAGAUCUUGAGAAUGUAUAAAUUCAAUUAUAAAUUAUUAGAUAUUCUUCAAUCCUUCUAUACAUAAGCAUAGUACAAAUGCCCUACAAGUUCUAGAGUAAUAUAAGAGUGGUAUAAUAGAAAUUAAAUAACAGUCAUCCAUCUUCAAUUCUAAAUCAACUAAUUUCACCAUAUCUUAAAUAUCUAAAAAACCAUAAAUAUCUAAUGACACAAAAACACAACCAAUAAAAAAAACACCUAUAAAGUCUUAAUCUGUAAAACCUAAACUAUCUUAAAAUGAGGAUAGACUUAAUUAAUCAAUGAAUAAUUUGAAUUAAUCAAUGACAAGCAGUGUUAAAUCUCAUUUUUUACAUAUUCCAAGUUAAAUGGAAAUUAUGCAAUUAUAGAAAUAAAAACAAAAAUAAUUGAUUUAAACUUGGAAAUAAACAGAAAUAGAUGAACUAAAAAGAUAAUAAGCUGAAGUAUUAAGAUAAUAAUAAGAAAAAAAUUAACCAAAUGAUGAUAGAAAAGUUUAAAGUGAAAUUAUAUCUACUUAAAAAAAACCAAAUAAUUCUUAUUAUUAAGCUUGGUUAGAUAAAAAAAAAAAUUAAUCAAAUGAAACCAGUACCAAUAAUAUCUUACCAUCAUAUUUAACUUAAAAUAAUAGAGCAGAUGAUUAAAAUAGCAUCAAAAAUGAUACUUAAAAUUAUUAAUAAAUAUUAUCUUAAUCUGUAAUAGUUUAAAAAUAAUAAAAAAAAGUGAAUCCUUAUUAUGAAGAAUGGAAACGAAAAUAAGCAUAGAAAGAACAUCAAAAUAAUUAAGAAUAAUUAUAAUAAUCGAUAAUUUUGGAGGAAAAUGAAUCAUAACUUUCAGGUUAACCAUCCUCAGUUAAUAAUAGUUUUUAAAGAUCAUUUUCACUUAUUAGUCAAAAAACAAUAGUAUAAGAAAAUCCCUAAUUAUAUGUACCUGUUUUUUCUCCAAAAUUUAUCUCACCUUUAAAAGCAAAGUUUUACCACCCUAUAUCAAAACUAAAUGUAUGA